UACAACUUUGUACACCAACAACAAAAAACUCUCUUCACACUCUCACUUUUUUGUUUCCUACCUUUGAUUUGCUUCGUUAGUUUUUUUCUGUUACUGUUGUUCUUGUUCUCUGUUAUUUCACUAUCUGUUGCUUGUUAGUUGGUAUUAUAUAUCAGAAAGACAACAUGAAGAACCGAGCAUCAGGGUUUCUGAAGCAGAUCAUAUCAAAUCUGAGCUCAAUGGCAAAGUCAAAAACCAUGGCUCUGAAGUCCAAAACAAAUGCCAUAAGGGCUCGUUUGCUCAUAUUCUCCCUGAUGAAGAACAAAAAGUUGUUGAUGAGUUCCCUCUCAGAGAAGUUUCAUUCUGUGUGGGGGCACGAUUCUCAGUCCAAGGAUAACGAUUGCUUAUUGGGAGAUGGCACUGACCAAAGCAAGGCCAUAGUGUUGUACAACAACUCACUCUCCUUGCCAAACCCCAGUGGAACCCUGGUGGUGGAGGAGCAAGAUCAAGAUGGCUAUGAAGGUUACUACAACUAUGAGUGCGGUGAUGAUGAUGAUGAUGAUGGCAAGUACCCGGAUCUCACACACACCCUUUUUGAUUCUGAGGAUUUGGAUCUUGGAGGGUCGGUGAUUGACUUGGUGAAGAACUCCAAGGAAGAGGCAGGGAAAGAGUUUAAACUGGAGGAUGAGAUUGACUUUGCAGCUGACCUUUUCAUCAUGAAGUUUCGCAAACAAAUGGAUUUGCAGAAGCAAGAGUCUUUCAAGAGGAAGAGGGAAAUGCAGAAAAAAGGUGCAUGAAUCAAGUUCAACCCUGAUUUGGUUGCUUAUAUAUUCAUCAUGGUUGGCUCAACAACACAAAAGCUCAACCCUUGAAUCUCAUCUCCCUUUGUUAUGGUUUUUUUUUAGAAUAAGGGAGAAACCGGCAAGCACGGCUAGCUUGCUAAAUCAGAGAUAUUAUGGUACUUAACUGGUUUAAUUAUGACAGCAAUAACCCAAAAAAAAAAAACUGACCAGGGUGAAUGGAUUUUGUUCUUUCUAUUUUUGUAUUUUUUUUUCAUUUUUACUGUUGAAUGGUGCCAUAGUGUACUUCAUCCAUGUUCUCUUUUCAGGUGGUACAAUAAAAGAAAGAGAACAGAUAUUGGAAGAUGUUACUGUGUUACUUGUAGAUGUUUUUAACUCUGAAAAUCUGCAACCAUUGCAGCAUAUGAAGCUGAGCUAAUUGAUGUAUGUACAUAUAUCAUCAUAAAUAUAAAUAAAUAGUAAUAAAUUAAAUUUGAA